AUGACGAAUCUUUUAGGACAGAUACCUCAAAAUAUGUGGGGUCUUUCGCUCAUCGAUACACUGCUGCCGCUGUGGAUCAUCAUUUGCAUGGUUGGAGGAGUCUUGAUCGGCUACUAUGUGCCUAAUGUCGAAACAGUGCUGGACGCUGCCAAGUUUGCAGAUGUGUCGCUCCCCAUCGCUAUCGGCCUGCUCGUAAUGAUGUACCCGGUCUUUUGUCGCAUCAAGUAUGAGGAGCUGGGAGAGCUUUUCAAGGGAAGGUUUAUGAGAAACCAACUCUUUUUUUCCUUAGCCAUCAACUGGAUCGUAGCUCCACUCCUCAUGGUCGCCCUGGCAUGGAUGACACUGCCGGACCUACCAGACUACAGGAGCGGAGUUAUCCUUGUCGGUAUUGCCCGGUGUAUCGCCAUGGUCCUCAUUUGGAAUCAGCUUGCAGAGGGAAACCAGGAGUUUUGCGCAGUUACGGUGGCUGUUAACUCUCUUAUGCAGAUCAUCCUGUACGGUCCGCUAGCUUACUUCUAUGUCGUCAUCGUCGGGAAAGGAACUGCAUUCCAUAUCGACAUGUGGGUCAUUUUCAGGAGCGUCCUCAUUUACAUGGGAAUCCCGCUGUUGGCUGGCUUUCUGACUCGUUGGAUCUUCCGUCGAUACGAGUGGUACCACAAGACGUUUGUCCCUGCAGUGGGAAAACUUUCGCUGCUGGCAUUACUCUAUGUCAUCGUUGUCAUGUUUGCUCUCCAAGGCCACGAGAUUGUCGACGACAUUGGCAAUGUUCUCCGAACAGCUGUUCCGUUGAUCCUCUAUUUCCUAGUCGUGUUCAUUGGGGUCCUGCUUUGGUGCAUGGCGACGAAGGUUCCCUACGACAUUGCCGUGCCACAGUGCUUCACCGCCGCCUCCAACAAUUUCGAGCUUGCCAUCGCUGUCGCUGUAGGCACCUAUGGCGUCAAAUCCAAGGAAGCUUUGGCUGCGACGAUUGGCCCUUUGAUCGAGGUCCCUAUGCUCCUAUUGUUGGUGUAUGUGAUCAAGUUCGUCCGCACUCGUUGGUACCCCUCGCAGCCGUCUGUUCAAUCUGAACCCGAAAAGAACGACGAUCUUGAGGUCUAA